UUUACAGGACUUUCCCAAUCUCUUUGUUUCUGUCACAGAAGUAUGAAUCAGACAUUGGUCAAAGAAUUCAUUUUAAUGGGAUUUCCUGUUGGACAUGACAUGCGGAUAUUCCUCUUUGGGCUCUUCUCUCUGCUGUACGCCAUCACUCUGAUGGGGAAUGGAGUCAUCUUUGGACUUACAUGUCUGGAUUCCCGACUCCGUACUCCCAUGUAUUUCUUCCUCUCACAUUUGGCCAUUGUUGAUAUCUCCUAUGCCUGCAAUACUGUGCCCCAGAUGCUAGCAAACCUGCUGGACCCUGUUAGACCCAUCUCCUAUGCAGGAUGCAUAACACAGACAUUUCUCUUUUUGACUUUUGCACACACAGAGUGUCUUCUCUUGGUGGUGAUGUCUUAUGAUCGCUAUGUGGCCAUCUGCCACCCCCUCAGAUACUCUGCCAUCAUGAGCUGGAGGGUAUGUAUCACCCUGGCCCUGACCUCUUGGGUCCUUGGAUACCUUUUGGCCUUGGUUCAUCUAUUUUUAUUAUUGCCAUUGCCUUUCUGUGGCUCUCAAAAAAUUAACCAUUUUUUUUGUGAAAUCAUAGCUGUUCUCAAACUUGCCUGUGCUGAUACCCAUAUCAAUGAGAUUCUGGUCUUGGCAGGGGCUGCUUCUGUGUUGGUGGGGCCCCUUUCUUCAAUUGUGAUCUCCUAUAUACGAAUCAUCUGUGCAAUCCUGCAUAUGCAGUCAAGAGAGGGCAGACAGAAAGCCUUUUCCACCUGUUCUUCCCAUCUCUGUGUAGUAGGGCUUUUCUAUGGCACUGCCAUCAUUAUGUACAUUGGACCCAAGCAUGGGGACUCCAAAGGGCAGGAGAAAUAUCUCCUCCUAUUCCAUAGCCUAUUUAAUCCCAUGCUGAACCCCCUUAUAUAUAGUCUGAGGAACAAUGAAGUAAAAGGGGCCUUGAAGAGACUUUUGGGGAAGGAGAGAUCAUCAUAA